ACCUCAUCCAACCUUGCCAGAGACGGGGUAUAUAACGCAAGGCAGCACUGAACCUGGAGAACAGGAAGCUAGCUUGUCUUCAAUAAGGUUAACAUCAGGAAAGGACAUUUGAAGACUUUACAGAAGGCAAAAUGUUGAUGAAAGUAGAAGAUCUGGUGACUGGAAAGACAAGUACAAACAAAGACACUGGAGAUUUUGUGUCUGGAGAACAUGGAGAAUAUGAAACUUCUGUAACCUUAGAAAAACAAGAUGACUUGAGGACAACUUCCAAAUCAUUGAUUGAUCAAGAAGAGGAGGAACAAGCAAGACAGAAACAGCUUAAAGCUGAGAUCGUUAAGAAGAAACUAGAUGAACGCCCAAAGCUUGAUAGCUUGGAAGAUCUGCAAGCUAUAAUAAAGCUGAGAAAACAAAAAAGAUGCAAAAAAGUAAGAGUGCUGGUGGUGAAGGAACCAGAACCAGAACCAGUGAUUGAACAUGUGGAUGAAGAGACAUUCUUAAAAGCUGCCCUGGGAAACAAGCUGACUGUGGUGGAGAAAUACUUGGCUGAUGGUGGUGAUCCAAAUGCCUGUGAUGAGUACAGGCGCACGGCGCUGCACAGAGCAUGCUCAGAAGGACACCUUGCCAUUGUUGAGAAGCUAGUUGAAGCUGGAGCAGAUCUUGGAUUCCGCGACAUGCUUGAAUCCUCAGCAAUUCAUUGGGCCUGCCGUGGUGGAAGUGUUGAUGUUUUAAAAUUACUGCUUAAUAAAGGAGCGAAAAUCAACGCCAAAGACAAGUUGUUGAGUACUCCCCUACACGUUGCAGUGAGAACCGGACAGUAUGACUGCGCAGAACACCUCAUUGCAUGUGAAGCCGACCUGAAUGCCAAAGAUCGGGAAGGAGACACACCAAUGCAUGACGCAGUGAGACUAAACCGCUACAAGAUGAUAAGACUCUUGAUCCUGUAUGGAGCCAACUUAUCCAUCAAUAAUUUUGCGGGAAAGACACCGAUGGAACUUGUCCUUCAGUGGCAGAAUGGCACAAGAGAGAUAUUCAGUGGCCUCCAGGACAAGUCAUACAAGGGCUCCGAUAUACAGCAGUUCUGACCGAGCUGCCAGACGCCAUCACUCUGAGAAGGCAUUUGCCAGGCACUUUCUUUCUUUAUUUAUUUUUUUUGCUACACGCUAUGAGACAAGACUAUUCCAUAUUAUUUAUUUGAAACUUCUUGCACUUUUCAAUGUUUUAAUAUAUGUAUUAAUUUAUUGAUGUAUGUUUAGUAGUUCUACAUUACUAUUGCGUUUUAUACUAAUUCCAUGAAGGCAGAAAAUCAAAAAAAAAAAACUUUUCUUGCCUGAUUGAUAUAGUUCUUUUAACAUAUAGAUGACGUACAUAUGUGUAAAUGCUUCAGACUAUGGCAUUUACCAUUUCUGUUGGACUACAAAGACAUGACGCGGGUAAAGCUGGGAAAUGUUCCUGGCUGUAUGUUUAGAAAUGUAACGCUUCUGCCGUGGGUCAGGCCCAAUUCAUUUGUGGCUUCCCACCCAUCGGAGUUACAUAACCUAUAACGGAGACAAACGUAACGUCGGUAAACAGAGGGGGCGUUGUCUGUUGAGCCGGUGAUCUUAAGACGUGGACAACAUCUUUGUGUUGCUUUGGCUCACUCAUGAAGUCUAUUGAGUUGGAGUAGAAGCACCAGAUGUGUCCAGAACACUGAGCUGAUCGAACACAGAAAAUCCAUUUUCUGGUCUUAUUAACCCCUGUCUGUAGCUUGUAAUGAAGGUAUUGUGUCACAAGAGUCAUUGUUGUGCUUCUUCAUCUUGGGAACAGUGUAGCGAAAGGGAUACGUGAAAGUACAUCAGGCCCUUUUCUCCAAUUUCCAAGAAGCACAUUGGGUAGACCCCUACGAUGAUGACCCCUUAAAUGAUGUACUCGUUCUCUAAAGACACACUUUGCUGAAUACACUUAUGUCUAGUGCACGCCGCAGGGAAUCACUCAUACACCGCUCCCUGGGGCCCCCCACCAUGCAUAAGACAGUAUAGUUCUUUUGUGUAGAGAGUAACUUUAAAAGAAGGCCAUUUAUCCUUGGUUAACAUUUUCCCCUAUAACUGAACAAUGGGAAUAGACGUGGACGUUGACAGGUCUGUGUUCCCCAAUGACUUUAGUGCACACAAGCAGAAUGCUCUACAAGCUAUUAUGGCAAAGAAACGGUUUAGGACCCCCCCCCCCAUAUAAUGUCCUUAGCGACAUCGGGGUUCUGAGUCAGAAGUAAUGAUGGUCACAGUAUGGUGGUCGAGACACCAGAUGUCACUGGAAUGAAAUGCAAUGCAUUGCAACUGGAAAAGUUUGUACUUAGAAGGUCCUUUUGUAUAUUUGUAUUGUAGUUUCUGUACAUUUUGUAUUUGAUUUUCUGUAUUUAUGACAAAGGUCUUGACUUUAUACUGUACCAAGUAAUGGAACAAUGGGAGUCAUACUGAUUCUUUCUAAUACAGAGUAACUUCUAUAUCAGAUUUGACAAGGUCUUAUAAUGAAUCAAACUCGCAUGGAUCUCGCAGUAUCACAGAGGGCCUCUGGCGCUUGGCGUGUGCCCACCUGGCACUCAGUAAGCCUGUGAUCUCGAGUAGAGAUCCUGCAUAGCGGUGAUUGAUUGUUGGAAAGGCCAAAACUGUAAUGUGUGUAAUAGUAUGGAUGAUGAGCGACAAGAUGAAGGAUGACUAAUGUGCGCCUCCUAGUGGUGCCUACCUUGUAACAUGUUGCUUUCCUGUACUAUAGACGACUACGGAACUAAGUGUUUAAAAAGAGCAUUAAAAGGGGUUGCGUCACUUCAGCAAAUGGCAUUUAUCAUGUAGGUAAAGUGAAUACAAGGCACUUACUAAUGUAUUGUGAUUGUCCAUAUUGCCUACCUUUGCUGGCUUGAUUCAUUUUUCCAUCACAUUAUUAUACACAGCUCGUUUCUAAGGGCUAUAGCCACCGCUCCAGCGCAGAUACGAGGGAUGGGAUCUGAUGCGCCAUUCUAUGGUCCCAGACACCAUACAGUGUACAAGCAAGACCACUGAUGGAUUGCAGGGUGGUCAUUACCGCUGGAUAGGAGCAGUGUACACUGUGAUGGAAAAAUGAAUCCAGCCAGCAGAGGAAGCAAUAUGGAGAAUCACAAUACAUUAGUAAGUGCCUUGUAUUCACCUUCUCUACAUGAUAAAUGCCACUUGCUGAAGUGAGACAACCCCUUUAAACCUGUAUUUGUGCAAAGCUAUAACAACUCAAUGUGCACUUGCUGCUCACCAGCCACUGACCAAGCUUUUUGUGCACGUAUAAUGAGGGCACAAUAUACAGAAAUAUUUUAGAACUGCUCGAUCGUCCACCCUUAAAGGGAAUGUAUGGGUUUUGGAAAACAUGGCUGCUUUCUUUCAAAAGCAGCAUCCUAUCUGUCCACAGGUUUUGUCUGUGAUUGCAGCUCAAGCCCAACUCAAUGGCCAUGUGCUGCAAUACCAAGCCCAAUGCACGGACAGGGAGGCUCCGGUUUUUGGAAGAAUGCGGCCAUGUAUUUCUAAUCCCGGACAAACUUGUUACUGCAGAACUCUGACAGACUGAAGCCACAAAACUAAGAAGGGAUUUUGAGUAAAGUAUUUAAUUGGAAAGAAAUCUCAACAAUUCCAUGUUUUAUGGUUUCAUCAGAAAAAAAAAAAUAUAUAUUCUGUUUAGCAAUAAAUUUGUUAAACUUUU